AUGGAAGUUAGCAGCCCUAUGAUUCAAGUAGCUAAUAAGGCUAUUUUAAAGGUUCAAGGAAUUGAGAUUACCUCUAUCCCAGUUGGGGAAAGAUUAAUUGAAUUCAAUCAUAUCUAUUUAGUGCCAGGCUUAUCUGCCAACCUCAUAUCUACUGGCCUAUUGAAGUGCCAGGGCUAUAUUCACUAUGAUCUGCAGGUCCACACUGGAAAUUACUUUGAGAUAAUAGCAUCUACAGGAAAUGACAUAUUCUAUGCAAAUUUGAAUUCCAAUAAUAUAUAUGUUCUAUCUGACACCUCUUCUAUGUUUAAAGGUAUUAUGAAUGAUCUGGAGGUUGAAUCACUGGCAUACUUAAUAGUUUUGAAGCUCAAGAUGAUUUUAACAGAUUAUGAUCUGAAUAUUGCAUCACUGAGUCUUUUCAAUUAUGAUGAUGUGAAGCAGUUAAUUAAUCUGAAGGAUCUGAAUACUGAUAUUUUCAUUAUAUUCUUAUCAAUCUAA